AUGGCCGGCACGCUUCUCUUCUUUCUGGGACUGGCGAUGCUCGCCCGGGGGGCGGUGGUGCCCGCCGUGCCAGCGGCGGCAGCGGCGGUGGUGCCCCUGGCGAAGCUGGAGGAGUUCGACCCGGCGCCGCAGUACAGCUUUGCGUACGACGUGCAGGACGCGGUGACCGGCGACUCCAAGGCGCAGUACGAGACCCGCAACGGCGACAUCGUGCGCGGCAGCUACAGCCUGAUCGAGGCCGACGGUACGCGUCGCAUCGUCGAGUACACCGCGGACCCGAUCAACGGUUUCAACGCGAUCGUCAGCAGGGAACCGGCGGUCGCCGCCGUUGCGGCGCCGGUGGUUCCGCUCAGACCGGCCACAUUGACGCCGGUCGCUAUACCGGCCGCACCCGCCGCCGCCGCCCCGGCGCCGUCGAUCCCCGCCGUCGGACCCGAUUCCGACGUCGAGGUACUCGAUGCCCGGUUGGGCCCCUUGAAAGCGAAGCCGACGACGCGCGACCGAGAGCUCCAGCGUCAACAGUUGCAACAGCUGCAACGGCUGCAGGAGCAACAACAGCAGCUGCUGCAGGAACAGCAGAGUCGGUCGUCGAGAUUACAGAUCCAGUAUCAUCAACAGCAGGAACAACAGCAGCAGCAGCAAGAACAACAAUCCGCGCGGAUCAUCACUGGACAAAUUGAGCGGCAACAGCAGAUCGCGACCCCCCGAUUAAUUGGUCUUCCCGCUGCCGCCAGGGCGAUAGCCACGUACCCCGCUAACCCCUACGCCGCGUAUAGCGCCGCGUACUCCUCGCCGUUCGCCUACGCCGUGCCCCUUAACGGCCUGGCUUACACCCCCGCCACCGCGUAAACUGCCCACUCGUAUCUACCUCGAAUCACUACCAUUUCGUUAUUUUUUUUUUUUGUUAGGAUUAUUGACGACAAAAACUGUAAUAAACUGUUUGCCAUGAGUUACUUAUACAUAUGCGCGUUUAUCUCGCUUCUUCCUCACUGUUUCUGCGAUUGACAUCUACGGUCAGCCUUUGUUCCUGGAAAGCGCAAAGUAACGACAAAAUGCAACUGACCGAAACAAUACGAGGUCGCUGGUCGCAGUCGAUCCCACUUGGAUUACAUAUCGCAGGUCGCACGCGUGCCAUAAAAAAAAAACAGGGUACCGCAUAACAAGUAAAAGCGACGAACUCUGGAUGUGCGUCGAUCAAUGUCACCCACGUCGCGAAUCGAUCGCGAGUCGGUCGGCUGUCAUGUCGGGGUCCAAUCCAUCUCGCGUUACGUAAGACCCGGACCCGUUGUUACGCGCACCGAGCCCGCGGGCCCCUUGUCGUCGUGUUUACGCAAGAAACACGUCGCGCAUAUGUACAUGUACGUACACGCGUGCACGUAACGCGACCUUCGGCUACGCGCGACGCAUUUAAUUUUAAACGAUACGAAAAGAAGCUUAUCAUUAUGAUUAUUAAUCCGAUAUCGUAAAAACACGAUUAUUGCCAUCUUCAUCUCGGGAAUGUCUUCAUUGGCCGCUCUCGAUUGGUAUCUCGCCAGUAAAAAAACCCCUUUUAUCUUUUUAUAAUACGUCAUUAUCCGCGCGCCGCCGACUUUUCUUGAAAAGGGUAUUCUCGUACGCGGCCGUGACAUAUCAAAAUUAUAUCAAUUAUAUCGAACGAAACGUAUGUUUCACUUUAUAUACUCCGAGUAAUACUUAAACUUUUUCAGUGAAAAUAAAAUAUAUUUUUUUGUCACAAGAGAGAGCCAUGCAGUUUUAUUACUGACAGAAUUUAUAUGGUAUAAAGAGUCCUUGAGAUAUCGUGAAAGAAGUUUCAUGUUUCGAUAUCUCACUUUUCACAGAGCAAGUAGUAAAGAUCAGCGCGAGUCAGGCAAGUAGAUCGCGGCCGCGCCAGACGUCUGCCCAGUGAGCGACAUCUACUACUGCAUUAACUUUCUUAAUGCGAAAACCGUUGAUAUAAUAAAAUCAAAUGAAAGAA